AUGGCAGUCGAGAAAUUUGGUCUCCACCUCAAGACAAUUCUCAAGGCGAAACACAUCGAGGCUAUCUACGAACUCUGGGGGUCGAUUAUGCCGUCGAAAUUGAACUUCCUGAAGACGGCGAAACUCGCGAAACUCCGGAGACCGGGGUACUGUGGAGCCUAUAUGUCGCAUUUCGAGGACGACAGCUUAUCAUUUCCUCUUCCUCGUUUUCUUCUUGAGGCGUUGGUGGAGCUUAAGAUGUCGUUUACCCAAAUGGCGCCUAACUUUUUUCGCUAUUUCUUGGCCUCCUGGGUCCGAGCUCAGGAGGAAGGUCUUGAGUUCGGCCUCAGGGAGUUGAAGCAAUUGUUCGCUAUAAAGCGGAACAAUGGCUUUCCUGGCACGAUGAUUCUUGCUCCUCGCUCUGGUCGUGUUAUUAUUGAAGGCAUUCCCAAUAAAGAUGAUCGAUGGAGAGAAAAGUUCUUUGUUUUUAAGGUUAACCCGACGUCGGUCGGGGAUUUUGAUUUUGAGAGGAUCCCUAGGGAAUGGUCCGACGACAUUGAGCCCUUCGGCCCUGCGCCCAUGACUCCCGAGCUUCGUGGGUUAAUGGAUACUUUGCGACGUGGUAGUCCUCGAUGGCUCGCUUUUACUCAUGACCGAAUUCGAACUGCUUAUGCUCUCCCACACCGCCGGGUCUCGAUUCUAAAUCCUUCGAGGGUCGUUUUGUUUUUAGGGAAUAAGGAGAAGGAGGUGUUGCUCGAUCGUCCUGAUGAGUCUUCUGAGGUCGGGUCGUUAGAGCGAGCUGAAAAAGUUCAGCGCGGGCCGGUUCUUAGAUCGAGGUUGCAGGCUCAGUCUCCUGGCCUUCUGGCUAGGCCGGUGUCGAUUGCUAUCCCUGCCGGCGGGACUCGUAAGGCAUUGGAUAACUCGGCGAGUUCUGCUGGCGAUCGAGCUCUUAACGACGAGGUCGAUUCAUUGACUCACCGACGUCGACGUCGGGUCUUGGAGGAGAUUAACACUGUGACUUCGGGGUCAUCGAGCUCGGGACUUCCUCCACUGUUACGCGUUUCUGGUGAAUGUACUUCGCGGAUUAACCCUGGCCUCCGUUUUUCGAACGUGCCCGAAGCCUCUUCGUGGGCGUUUUCAUAUGAUAACGAGAUUCUUAUCCUUGAGAACCCCGAUUCCCUCGCUGCGAUCUGGCGUAAGAUCAGAGCGGAAGGAUGCGAGCUCCCUUCUCUGGAGCGUAUGCGAGAGCGUGAUGCCUAUGUUCGGAUGGUAGUUUCGAAUGCCAAGGCUAUGGAGGCGAGCAACGAAUACGCCGCUUUAAUGGAGGGGCGAUUGGCUAAUUUUCCAAGUAAGGAGGAGAUCGCGGGUCAUCUUCUCACGAUCCAACAGCUUCGAGGUGAGUUGGAGGUUGCUCGGGAGGCGGACAGGCAGCGGGAAGCGGAGAUUGAGGAGUCGAAGAGGAAGUUGGCUGCUGCUGAGGCAGAGAAGGUCGCUAUUCAAAGCGAUCUUAACUCGAUGAAGGAGAAGCAUAGGCGAGAGAUCGAAGGUCGAGAUAGGCAAGCUCGCAAAGAGCGCCACCUUGCUCGUCUCGCUCUUGCUCGAGAAUAUGAUGGGGUUCUGGCUGUAGUGAAGAACAAGUUGGAGCAGAAGAAAAAGGAAACGGCUGCGGAAAUUCGUUUGCAACAGGUGCGAGCUCGUAUUGAGGCUUUGACUGAGUAUAAUGAGGGUGGCUUCGAGCUCGAGGUGGAGUUGGAGCGUCUUAAAGACCUGGAUAUUUCGCUCGAAGUUGAUUACGGUCUUGCUUUGGUGUCGGACCCUUCUCUUAGUCGCCUCGAUCUUCCUGAGAUUUCUGGAGAUUCGGUCAGUUAG